AUGGCCACUGAAAGAAACCCGGAGAAACGUAUCCUUUCUACUGUGUUUUCAUUCAUGUCUGUGCUCGUUCCCUGUCCUGAUCUCCUUGAUCCACGCUCCCAGUCCGGUAAUUUGUGAUUGCGACGAAUUUUUAAUGUGUAUUUCGCUUCGUCUCUCUUGAAGCACAACCACGUUUCUAAUUUUGUGCUUCGCGACAUGGUCUCUCAUGUGGAUUCUUUUUGUUUUUUUCACUCUUUCCAAUACGUUCUGCAGCGUCCUUUUAUUUUGUUGGAAGCUUUCGGAAAAAUUCUUGCUGACCUCAGGAGCGCUUUUCAGUAAUGCAUUUAGAUACGUGUUCGCUGGUCUAGUUUUUGCCUGAGCUCUUCCCGGAGUUCGUCGAUACGCACGCUCUAAUAUCCCACUCCGUUUAAGGUGAAUUGAUGUGGUCUCCCGAGGAUUGGAGAUCUCACGUGUAAAAUUCUCGCCUUCCGUGCCUGUUGGUUCUCUCUUACAGUGUACUUCCCUUUCAAUUUUAUCGAUUAUUGAGAUCCACGAUCCUUCUAUUAGGUGUCUCGCCGUCGCAAGUCACUAUCUGUUUUCCUUCGUCAUUUUUCAAUUUUCCUGUGUUCUUCUGGUUAGACGCUCUCCUUUUUUUUUCAGAUCUGUGUCGGUGGUUGGUUGAGGGGUUGCAUAUACUUUUUUUAAUCUGCGUGCAUGCUUCAUAUCAGCUAGGCACAAUUAAAUAGUUGCUCAGCGGAUCUUAAUAAGAUAACUUUUAAUUUACCCUCAACAUUGUCUACCUUGACUGGAUUUUACUCAGCUGUUGAGGAAGCGAAGAAGAAGUUGAAAAUAAAUACGUCUUCUGAAGUAUUGGUGGUAAAUGCAAUGUGGCUCUGUCUCAUUUAUUUAUGUGCAUCGAUUACAAUCGUCGAAUGCCGCCACUUUAUGUUUUCGUAGUGUACAAUUGUUCAUCAUAAGCAUGUUUUAUGUAACUGAUUUUUUACUUAUUUAUCUUUUCUGGCUCUCGUUUUUCCUAGGCUCCUGUAAAGGACGGGACUCUCUCUGAUGCUGCUUCUUGUGUUUCAUCUGGGGAUGCGACAAGCAGCGUGAAGGGUUUGUCAUAUUAUCCCAUGAAUUAUUACGGCUAUUAUUACCCAGGUUUGUAUAUUCCAUUGGUCGUCUAGAUUUGAAGAUUUUUUGGAGAAGAUUUAUUCUUACUCACCGCAUGAUGAUAUCAAUGCGACGUUAUUUGUAGUUUCCUUCGCUGAGCGGGAUGACCAAAGUUAUGUUGUGGGGAGCGAUGGAUUGGAGUUCCAGCAACCAGUAAGUUCUUUUUCAUUAUAAAUUACGCGUAAUUCUUGUUUAGUUUCUUCUCUUGAGCCAUCCCUGGUAAGGAUAUCUAUUGGAUCUUUUGCUUUCUGUUCUACAGGGGAAGAAAAAUUUCGUCAAUUUUAGAGUUGUUGUUAUUGGUGUCCAAAUUAUUAUUUUUUCUUUUUUUAAAAGGUGACCAUAUGUUUUUUAUCUUGUUGAUUUUUAUUUUUAGGUGACCUCCCUUGCUUAUUUUGUGAAAAAAAUAUCUGUUGUUUUCGUAUGUAUAAUUAGAUUUUUCAAGUAACGUUGUUCCGCGUUACUGCGUAUUUCAUGCUUCUAAAAUCUUAGAAGCUUAGUUUUUGUUACCAAUCCUAUAUCUGCAGAUUUCAUUGCGAAGGGAGAAUCACUUUUAUUUUCCUCUUUAUUUUCAGGCAUUUCCAACUGAUAACUCAUCAGUACUGUAUUAUAAACCCGGAUUUCAAUCUACUUUUGGCACUUACAGUCCGUUCUUGCCUGGAGAUUAUAUAAGCACUGAUGGACAAUACCUGGGUCAACAAGGGUACUAUGCUGGCUCCAUGUUCCCCCAUCCUGUCCUUUCCCCAGGGUGUUUCUCUCCUUCAGCUGCUUACGGGCCCGAUCUUGUUCCUGAAUAUACAUGGGACACAUCCUACAUAUACGGUGAUGGAACUAAUGGACAUGGUGUGGGAGAUUCGCCAAUUCCAGCAUUGAGAGGUGGCUUGUCGCAAGCUUACUCUCCUACCAGGGUCCCGGUACCUUCAAAGUCUGGGACUUCCCCAGGAAGGGCAGUGUCGCCAGGCUCUGCUAUACACGGUCAAACACCAAAGGCUGGGAACAAGGUCAUCUGGGCUUAAAUCUCUUUGUUUCUCCACACUCGUCAAUUCAUGUCUUCCCAUAGCUAAGACUGCACUAUAUUUCCCUAAUAUAUGUUAUUCGAUGUUACUAUUUCAGGUUGCAUCUGUAGUAUCCAAGGGCUACAUUCCUGUGACAAAAUUUCCUCCGUAUCAUAACCAAGUGAAGAGUGGUGUUCCUUACACAAAUAGCGGAUUUAGUGUUAAAGAAAAUGGGCAGAGUUGGGUUGGCAGCGACAAACUGAAGACCCGAAACAAGCUCGGUGUUGGUGAUAUUGACUUCCUUAAUGAGCAGAAUCGUGGUCCCAGGACAAGCAGUCAUAAGUCAGCCUCGGAAUCAGGCUCUGAUGCAGCUGGAGUUUUCAGUGCCGAUGAUUGCAAUGGUCAAAAUACCAUUUCGCCUGACAUAGAUAUAAAGCGGGAGGAUUACAACCUUGAAGAUUUUCCGACUAAAUAUGAACACGCGCUGUUCUUCGUCAUCAAGUCAUACAGCGAGGAUGACAUUCAUAAAAGCAUUAAAUACAAUGUUUGGGCGAGCACUCCUAACGGAAACCAGAGGCUUGACAAUGCAUUUCAGAUUUCACAGGCCAAAAUGGAGGAGAAAGGCAGCAAAUGCCCCGUCUUCUUAUUCUUUUCGGUAUGUAUGCAUGUAUUUCCGUCUUUAGUACUCACCUUAGAGAGAGAAAAUCAAUAUCACAUGUCCACGUGCGCAGAGCAAAGCAACAAUUAUCUUUAAUACAUGUCCAAUUAUGUUUCGUAUGUUUUUUUCUGGUCAAUUAUGCUGAGUAUUCUGAGUUGUGUGUUUCCCUGCUGCGGAACAGGUCAACGCAAGUGGCCAGUUCUGCGGGGUCGCUGAGAUGAUCGGUCGAGUUAAUUUCAACAAAAACAUGGAUUUUUGGCAGCAGGACAAAUGGAAUGGGUUUUUCCCUGUCAAGUGGCACAUAAUAAAGGACGUUCCGAAUUCCCAGUUUCGUCAUAUCAUACUCGAGAACAAUGACAAUAAGCCUGUGACCAACAGUAGAGACACACAAGAGGUUCGAAUCACUCUGUUUUCUCUUUCUAUCUCUCGCAAAAGUCAAAGGGCAUUUCUGUAAAGAGCUGCUGUGACGGGUUCUUCUUUCUGAUCGAUCACCUGCUUGUUUCAGGUGAAAUUCUCGCAAGGAAUGGAGGUUUUGGGGAUCUUCAAGGCCUUCUCUUCCAAGACUUCUAUACUGGACGACUUCAGCUUUUAUGAUAACCGGCAGAAGGCGAUGCAGAGCAAGAGGUCAAAGGCCCACGCGCCCCAUCUGGAGGGCUUCUCGGUGAGCAUCUCUAUCCAGCAGACCCAGUGAUCGUCAAGAUAUCACGACCCUUUCUUCUGAGCAGCUCAAACGCUUGCAGGUGAAAUCGAGUGACGCCGCCGCGCCGGUUGGAAAGGCGGGCGAGCUGGACCCCCUGAUUGCGGGACUCAAGGCCGUCGAACUGGGGCCGGCGAAGAGCGCGGGCGAGCCCCAGAUGGGCGUCGAGGUGAAGGAAUGA